ACCCUAAAACCUACUCAUUCCUUACCCUUUUCAUUCUCAUUUCCCCGUCUCUCUCUUCAACUUCUCACAGACACACUCACUCUCUCUCUCUCUCUCUCUCUUUUUCUCUUAACCCUUCGUUUUCCUUGAACACACAAUCGCAUCAACUAUUUGUUGAAACGACUAACUGUAAAACCCUAGAUUUAAAAAAAAUGCGGAUUUCUGAAGCAGCUACUGCUCUCAAAAGCAGAUUUGGAUUCCAUGAACCUUCUUCAGAUACAGAUUUAAUCAAGAGUUCCCCUUUCUUGAAAUCGUCUUUCAAAGAAAAUAAUCUUGUAUAUUCUACUCCUUCUUCUUCUUCAGUAAGCAAUUUUGGUGAAAGAGGAGAUGAUCAUGUAGGAGUUAUUCAGAGAUCGUCCAGCCUUAAUUUUGAGUUACAAGAAGAUCCUUCUUUCUGGAAAGAUCACAAUGUUCAGGUUGUUAUUAGAGUACGUCCUCUUAGUAAUUCUGAAAUAUCAAUCCAAGGCCUAAGCAAAUGUGUUAGGCAGGAGAGUAGUCAGACUAUUACUUGGACAGGGCAUCCAGAAUCUCGUUAUACAUUUGAUCUUGUUGCAGAUGAGAAUGUCACCCAGGAAAAUCUGUUCAAUGUGGCUGGAUUGCCAAUGGUUGAGAAUUGUAUGGGAGGUUACAACAGCUGCAUGUUCGCAUAUGGACAAACUGGGAGUGGUAAGACACACACCAUGAUGGGAGACAUUGACGGAGGUACUCGACGACAUAGUGUUAAUUGUGGUAUGACACCAAGAGUUUUUGAACACUUGUUCACAAGAAUCCAAAAGGAUAAAGAGGCUCGCAGAGAUGAAAAGCUGAGAUUUACUUGCAAGUGCUCAUUUUUGGAGAUAUACAAUGAGCAGAUUUUAGAUCUUUUAGACCCAUCAUCAGCUAAUUUACAGAUUAGAGAAGAUUCCAAGAAAGGUGUUUAUGUGGAGAAUCUGAAGGAGAUGGAAGUUACUUGUGCACGGGAUGUUAUUCAACUCCUUGUUCAGGGAACAACUAACAGAAAGGUGGCUGCCACAAACAUGAACCAUGCAAGUAGUCGUUCUCAUAGUGUUUUCACAUGUAUAAUUGAGAGUAAGUGGGAGGUUCAAGGUGUUACCCACCAUCGAUUUGCACGGCUAAAUCUUGUGGAUUUGGCUGGUUCAGAGAGGCAAAAGAGUUCUGGUGCUGAAGGUGAACGCCUAAAAGAAGCCACAAACAUCAACAAGUCGCUUUCGACCUUGGGGCUGGUAAUUAUGAAUCUAGUAAACAUCUCCAAUGGGAAGUCACUUCAUGUCCCUUACCGUGAUUCAAAGCUCACAUUUUUGCUUCAGGACUCACUUGGUGGGAAUUCAAAAACAACAAUAAUCGCCAAUAUAAGUCCUGCUAAUUGUAACUCACUGGAGACUCUGGGCACAUUGAAAUUUGCACAACGUGCUAAAUUUAUCAAGAACAAUGCAAUAGUGAAUGAAGAUGCAUCUGGAGAUGUGCUUACCAUGCGUAUCCAGAUUCAACAACUCAAGAAAGAGGUAAACCAACUGCGGAGUUUGGUUAACGGAGGAAUUGAGAACCAGGAAGUUGAUUUUCCGAGUGUCUCCUUUCCGGGAUCUCCAGGCUCCUUUAAGUGGGAAGGAUUGCAGGGAUCAUUUAGUCCACUAACGUGUGAUAGAAAGAAGCCUCGUAAUAAAGAGUUUGAAGCUGCUCUGGUUGGGGCCUUCAGGAGGGAAAAGGAGAAACAAAUAGCAAUGCAGUCACUGGCUGCUGAAAAUCAGGCAGCAAUGCAAUUGGCCAAACGAAGAGAAGAUGAGAUAAAGAAUCUGAAAAUGCGGCUUCGGUUUCGCGAGGCCGGAAUCAAAAGGUUGGAGGCAGUUGCAUCUGGGAAGAUCUCAGCUGAGGUGCAUCUCUUACAGGAAAAGGAGGAAUAUCUGAAAGAGAUAGAGGUUCUCCAUAACCAGGUGGAUAGGAACCUUGAAGUGACUAGAUUUGCGAUGGAAAAUCUUCGUUUGAAAGAAGAAGUCAGAAGAUUAAAGAGUUUUUCUGAGGAGGGAGAGCGCGAGAUGAUGAGUGAACAAAUCAUGAUACUACAGAAUAAGUUGCUAGAAGCAUUAGAUUGGAAGCUUAUGCAUGAAUCUGAAUUUUCGAUGAACCAGAAAGGAAAUUCUAGUCUGGCCAGCUUUGAGGAUAGUUUGCUGACUUCUAGUCAGGAUCCCGCAUCAUCUUGGGGUUCUUCCAUGAGCGCAGAGAAUGAAUUCCUUCGUAUUCAGGCUAUACAAAACCAGAGCGAAGUUGAAACACUGCACAAGAAACUAGAUUCCUGCCUUAAAGAAAAAGAAAAUUUGCAGAGACAGAUUGAUGAUUUAGUAAGAGACCUAGAGAAUGAGAAAAGAAGAGCUAGUAAUAUGGAGGAAGCAGCAAGGAAAAAUCUUCCUGUUGGUGCUUCUGAUGAUCAGAUGGAGCUUAAAACCAUGGUUGACGCAAUUUCAGCUGCAAGUGAACGAGAAGCUGAAGCUCAUGAAACGGCAAUUAUCCUGGCUAAGGAGAAUGACGAACUUCGGAUGAAGCUAAAGGUUUUUAUCGAGGACAACAAAAAAUUGAUCGAACUAUAUGACGGGGCCGUAUCAGAAGUCAACAAGGCUGAGAAAACUGAAGAUAACAGUAUCCGGUUGGCAGAUAUUCAGAAAGAGAAAGAUACUGACAGUAAAAUGACGAUUGAUAACCUGAAGCAUCAACUCCAAGAUUUGCAUGAAGAGAAUGAGAAACUAAUGAGUUUGUACGAGAAAGCUAUGCUGGAGAGGGAUGAAUUUAAGAGUCGGCAAAGCAAUGUUAAAGUGAAGGAAGAAUGUAGUUAUUCAGAGAAUCUGGAUGGAGACCAAAGUCUCAAGUUAACAGACCUUGCUUCUCAACCUGGGGAAGAAAAAGAUUCAGGAAAUGAGUUAAAUGUCUCUGGAUCUAUUGAAGAAUCUCUCGGAGUUGGUGGGGAUCCGAUGGAAGUAGAAGAAAAUGUUUUUGAUGGUGCGGAACCAAAAAUGUCAGCCACAGAAACUUCAGAGGAGCUGGGUAUGACUAGCCGGAAGCUUGAAACAGCACAGCAUAAGCUUGUGAGUGCAGCCAAAGCUUUAAGCUUGUUCGCUUUACUCGAGAAGGCAACUACGGAGGAAGAGGAACUCUCAAGAGAAACUGAAGCUGCAGAGAAAUGUAUACUUGUGAAGCAGCAAGAUUUAGCAGACAGUAAACUUCUCUCUUCUGAGAUACAUGACAAGAAAGCUAUUGCUUACCAUAAGCUAUUAGCUCUUAAAUCUUCCCUUUCGAGUAUUUCUUUAGCUCUUAGCAACUGGGAAGAGCGAGAAGAGCGAGCUAGGAGGAAGCUGGAGUCGUCUUCAACUUGUGUUUUGCAGAAAAAAGAUGAACUGGCAUGUCUUCAAGCCAAGAAGGAUGAAGUUGAGGUUGCUCAGGAGAGGGCUCAUCAAUCUGAAGAUGAGUUGAGGAACAAACUCAUAUGUCUGAAAUCAAAACUGGAUGAGGAGAACAAGAAAGUAGAGGCAGAAAGGGUACUUUUUUCAAUAGACAGUAAUGUGGUUGUUCCAGCACAAAGAAAUUGGAAUAUGGGGGGUAAAGCUACUGAACUUCUUAUAUCUGAAGAGCUGCAGACUAAGUUGAAAAGGGAAAUCAAGCAAACUCGAGAAAAAUUGAAUUGUAUGGUAAUGGAAAUCGAUGAGUUGAAAAUAAAGUCAGAGAAGUUAGAAACUGAUACCGAAACUGUCAGAAAGGACUUGUCAGCUGGUUUGAAAUCGGUAGAGGAACUGGAACUGGGAUUUCAAGAACUUUUCCAAGAGAAGGAGGUGAUUAAUGAGUCUAGAGAAACUAUGAUGAACGAAAUAGGCAAUAUGGUAGUAGAGUACCAGCAAUGUGUAUUCGAGUCUGAUCUUAAAGAAGGGGAACUGGAGUUACUUGGUGAGGAACUUCAGAUGGAAAUGAAUAACUUAAAGGAAUUAAGAAAGAUGCAGGAAAUCGAAACUCAGAAGACGGCUCAACUACUGAACGAAACUAGAAUAUCUGUUUCAGAAGCUACAUCAUUGCUGAGUGAAGUUGAUAUGUAAUUCUAGUUUCUUUCUUCUCCCCUUGAGAGUCUGUAAUUUCUGUAAAUUACUGUUAACGGUGGAUUGUAUCUAUUUGAUACGAACACAUUGUAAUUUGUAUUGACUCUUACUAGAGUGAGGGUGGGAUUAAUCAAUAUCACUUGAAUGGUUUUUUUUAAAAA